GUCAAAGAAGAGCCGUCAGACUUGUUUCAGAAUGAAGAAUGUACAUUUGGGGUUGAAUCCCAAGUUAUGCACAGGGAUUAUGAAAUCAAUCACACCUGGGAAGAAAAUAAUGCCCAAGAAGGCUGUCAGAUGGAAGAAAUCCAAAGUAAAUAUAUAGAACAAGAGAUUGAGAAUAACAUUGAAAUUUUGCCACCAUACCUCCAGAUGUUACUAGCAGAUUCAUCGUACAGCAGCGCUUCCGGCAAAAAUCAGUCACAUUUGGAAAAAAGUUUUACCUCAGAUAUUGGGAAUUUAGAAAUCACCAGAGAUCAGUCGAACAACACUGGAGAUACUUUGUGGCAAAAGCCUUUAAAUGGUUUAUUUGAUUUAAAAGGUGAUGAUUGGCGGCAUAUUGAGAAGUAUAGCAGCUUUACAUUUGAUCAGAAGCCUUUUUUCAACUCUGGAAAAGAUGAUGAUCUGUUGGUGCCUAAAGGUGUGAGACAUUACAAAUGUGACUUCUGCAAUAAGUCUUUCUCAAAAAGGUGGCUCUUGACACGGCACAGCUUGAUACAUUCAGGAGAGAAAACACAUCGGUGCGAAGUAUGCCAGAAAGCGUUUUCAUACGGUUCCCAUUUGAAACGGCACCAGUGGGUUCAUGUGGAGAAGAAACCUUACACGUGCACAGUGUGCAGCAAGUCAUUUUCACUCAAUUCCCUCUUGCGCAGGCACAUGUGGACACACGCGGCAGAAAAACCAUACAAGUGCAGCUUAUGCAACAAGUCCUUCUCUCAGAUGUCCCAUCUGAAGCGGCACCAGUUGAUACACAGUGGAACCAAAUCUUGUCAUAGCAAAAGCAAAUCUUCAUCAUUGCAAUCACAUUUGAGAAGACUCAAUUCCGCUCACAUGCCGCAGUUGUUUAAAUGUGAUAGGUGCUUCAAGUCGUUCUCAAGAGCCUCCCACCUGAAAGAUCAUCAAGUGAUACAUUCAGGACACAGAGAUUACAUGUGUGACAUAUGCAACAAGUCUUUCUAUGGUCAGUCGCAUCUAAACAGGCACAAUUUGAUUCACGUAGGAGAGAAAUCCUACAGGUGUGGGGUGUGCAGCAAGUUAUUCUUGAGAAGUUCCAGUUUGAUUCAACAUAUGGUAACUCACACUGGUGUUAAGUCACACAGAUGUGAAGUUUGCGGAAAGUCAUUUUCACAGAAAGGCCAUUUGAAGAGGCAUCAACUGAUUCACGUCAGAGAGGAACUCAACAAAAGUAAUUCAGACAGUAUAGAACAAUUUAUCAAAAUAGAGCCCACCACAGAGGCAAACGAGAAGAAAAGCUACAACUGUGACAUAUGCAAUAAAUCAUUUCUAAAUAAUUCACAUCUCAAACGGCAUAAAUUCAUACACACCGGUGACAGGCCUUUUAAAUGUGACCAGUGUAGUAAAUCAUUUUUAGAAAAAUCAAAAUUACAGAAGCACUAUUUAAAUCAUCUUCGGGACAGAGGCACACAUUCACCUAAAACCUAUAGCUGUGAGGAUUGUGGCAAAGUUUUUCGUAAUAGCUGGCUACUAAAACGUCACCAGGCAGUGCAUAGUGGAAAUAAGCCAUUUAAUUGUGAAAUCUGCAGUAAGUCUUUUACAAGGCUUUCGUAUUUGAAAAAACAUCAGUUGUUUCACACCAACGAAAAUCCUGACAGUAAGUCAUUUUUUGAAGCUAUUAAGCGGGAGCCAGGUUUGCCCGAUUUCCGGACUAAGAAAAGAAAUCACACUUGUGAGGUGUGCAGUAAAUCUUUUUUAAACAACUCGCAUUUGAAACGACAUCAGCAGAUUCACACUAGAGUGAAACCAUUUCACUGUAAAAUAUGCAGCAAGGGUUUUAUGGACAGUACCAAACUAAUCAUGCAUGAACUGAUACACACACAGGACUUGAUGAAUGAUAUUGUGGACAAUAAGAUAUCUGAAAUCACUGAUUUCAACCGCAGUUUAUGCCCACCUGUGGCAAUAAAAAAAGCUUACGAGUGUAACAUUUGCCACAAGUAUUAUUCCAACACCUCUCACCUGAACCGGCACAAAUUGAUCCACACUGGUGUAAGACCAUACAAAUGUGACAAGUGUAUCAAGGCCUUCACAACAAGCGAAAUUUUGAAAAAACAUCAGCAGGUACACACUCGAGAAGAAGCGAAUGGUCAUUCUCUGUUCAGAAGAGAAUUCUCACAGACACUGGAUUUAAAACCUUUCUUGACAUACAACAGUAAAGGAGAGAAGUCGUAUCAGUGUGACUUGUGCAGCAAAUCGUUUCCAAACAGUUCAAAUUUGAAGAGACAUAGGAUGAUACACACAGGAGAGAAGCCUUAUGUAUGUGAAAAGUGCAAUAAGGCAUUUUCACAAAGUUCCCAACUGAAAAAACAUCAGCUGACACAUUUGCGCCCAAAGUCUAAUGGUGGUAAAUCACGUUCAAAGUUUUCUCCUCUGAAUCAAUAUUUGACUUACACCAGCAAUGGAGAAAAGGCUUAUAAAUGUGACAUUUGUAGCAAAGUAUUUUUGAAAAGCUGGCUUCUGAGACGUCAUCAGCUCAUCCAUACUGGGGAGAGGAGAUACAAGUGUGACUUAUGUGGCAAAGCCUUUUCUCGCAAUGCACAUUUGAAAAAUCAUCAGUCGAGGCAUGCCCGUGUUGAUGAGCAAGCUUUGUUAAGUGCAUUGCUAGAAAAUUGUUCAAAUAGCAAUGAAGAAUCCAACUACACAUGCAAUUUAUGCAACAAAGUUUUUAUGAGCCGCUUUCACUUAAAGCGCCAUCAGCCCACCCAUUAUGGGGAGAAAAGAUUUAAAUGUAAUACGUGCCAAAAACGCUUUAGGCAAAGUUCUCAUCUGAAACGGCAUGAGUUGAUACAUGCUCGCAAACAGAUUUACCAAUGUGAUGUGUGUUUCAAAGUAUUUUCACUGAAUUCUCUUUUCAACAGACAUAUUUUGACACACAAACAUGGAGACAAGUGUUUCAAAUGUGAGUUUUGUGGUAAAGCCUUUGUAACUAACUCACAUCUGAAACAGCACACAAUGAUUCACACUGGAGAAAGACCUCAUAAAUGUGAGAUGUGUAGUAAGAGCUUUAUCCAGCGGGCUCACUUGAAUAAGCAUCAAAGGGUACAUAUUCGGCACCGCUAAUGACUGCAUUUCCUCAAAUCUGCAUUGAGCGGUCAAAUAAUUAGGAAAGAUAUUUUUAUUGUCAGCAUACACCUCUAUUUCGCUUGACCACAUGUCUGUGUUGAAUAUUUACUGGAUUUGUAUUCAAUAACUCUUCUCAAUUGCUGCAUUUGACAUUGAUCAUUGUGUAAUCUAUAAACCAGUUUUAACUACUGGGAGGUGAGAGAACAGGAACAAAAAUCAAUCAUUCUCUUUGUUUUGGAAAGAGUCAACAGUUUGUGAACAAACUUUAGAGUACCUUUAGCAUGAUAUUUGAUAUUAUCACCCAUGGGCAAGAGAAUGUCCACCACAACAUUUAAAAAAGGGAUUUAACUGCAAUACAGCUAAAAAAAUAGCUGAGCAUAUCUUAUUUAUGUGGUAAAUCUGUGUGUAAACAGAACAUGCAUUUAUCAGCUGACAGGACAGCAUGUGCAAAGAAAGUAAUAGGGCCGAAAAGGGCAAAACAUACCCAAAAAUGUCAUUUUUUAAAUUCAGUCAUAUUGCUUUGCUCACGCACAGAAAUGCUGAUUUAUCUCUCAAAAUAAAGCCCUAUUUUUACCUUUAACUUAAAUAGGAAACUAUUAGAUCAGACUUGAUAUCAGAUACAGCAAGUUCUUUUAUUAUCAGACUUUUGUUACAGUUACACUUGUAGUCCAUUAACAUGUUAUUUCCAAAGCAUUUUUUCCUUAAUUUAAAAAUAUGCAAUUACGAUAUUUUAAAACAUUUC